AUUCCCUUUUCGUAGUUUUUGAUCUUUCCCCCUUCUGUAAAUAUCUAAGGCAAUUUGCUAAACGAAGAAUAUAUAUAUUCAAAACCCUCUCUCCUAAUUGCUGAUAAAUCUUUCCCAUCCACGCUCGCUUCUACUGCGGCCUUUAUCUCUCGCUCUAAUCUAUGGCCGCAUCUCAAGCAAUUCUCCUCUUGCAAAAGCAAUUGAGAGAUCUCUGCAAGAACCCAGUUGAUGGAUUCUCUGCUGGCUUGGUUGAUGAAACCGACAUGUUUGAAUGGAGCGUUUCAAUAAUUGGACCUCCUGAUACCUUAUAUGACGGGGGUUUCUUCAAUGCCAUCAUGAGCUUUCCAAAGAAUUAUCCAAACAGUCCUCCAACUGUCAGGUUCACCUCAGAGAUGUGGCAUCCGAAUGUUUACCCAGAUGGAAAGGUUUGUAUAUCAAUUCUUCAUCCACCCGGUGAUGACCCAAAUGGUUACGAGCUUGCAACUGAGCGCUGGAGUCCAGUCCAUACUGUUGAAAGCAUUGUUUUGAGCAUCAUAUCGAUGCUUUCCUGUCCUAAUGACGAGUCUCCUGCUAAUGUUGAUGCUGCGAAACAAUGGAGAGAGAGUAGGGAGGAGUUCAGGAAGAAAGUGAGUCGAUGUGUUAGAAAAUCACAAGAAAUGUUGUGACACUGUGUAUAUAGCUGCGUAGCUUUUGCAUAUCCCCAGUCAAGGGAGGAACUGGUGGCCAAGGGACCCUUCUGUGAACCAUGUAAAAUUUCAUCAAGUUCUUGUUUUCCUUCCAUUGUAACCUGCACUUUCUGCGCGCAUAUCUUUGGGUGACAAUCAUUAGUAUUAGAUAUCUAUAUAUGGGCUUGAAAUUGGCAUUUCCUGAACUUGUAUGAAAUCUAUUGAUAUCUUAUAUCUUAAUGGUUUUGUUUUCUUAA